AUGUUAGAGGAGUAUGUUUAUCCUCAGUUGGAUGACAUUGAGGCGGAGAAAGGUUUAGUUUAUUUCCAACAAGAUGGGGCGCCGCCACACUUCAGUUUGCGUGUCCGUGAGUCACUGGACGCUCGUUUCGGCAACAGGUGGAUUGGAAGGGAAGGACCUAUUCCAUGGCCACCAAGGAGCCCUGAUAUGACUCCGUUGGACUUUUUCUUCUGGGGGCAUAUCAAGAAUCUUGUAUAUGCGGAGAAAAUUCGAAAUGUUCGCCAUCUCAGGGAACGAAUAAUGAAUUACCUGGCGUCCGUUCCCCCAGACAUGCUCGCCAGGACAUGGGAAGAGGUAGAAUACCGUUUCGACGUGUGCCGUGCCACUCACGGAGCUCACAUUGAACUUUACUAA